UGCAAUAUAUAUUCCUUGUAAAAACUUUAUACUUGGAACCUUUCUAAUCCUUUCUCUCUGGGUGUAGUGCAGAAAUGCCUUAUUCAUAUUGACUGUAUCCUUCGAGAAGAUUGGUCUCCUGAAGAACUUGUAGUCCUUAGAGUGGUGUGAAAUUCUUUCAAGAAUCCUGAGGAAAACUUAAGAUGUUGGCAUUCAUGAGCCCGAGAAGACCGGAAAUUGUCGUGGUUGAUAACGAUCAUUUCAAUUCCGCAUUGACUCUAAAAUGUGAAAAAACGCCAAUUAAAUCCUUAAAAAAUGAGGAAGCUGCCGCAGAGGAAGUCUGCUUUACAACAUUAAGACCCCACACUACCGCAGCUUUAAAAUUGUUACAUAUCAAUGACUGUCCUAAAUUAUCACCUCAAGGUAUUACAGCAUUGGUUAAUCAUUGCCGGUGUCUUCGAGAAUUGUCUCUUUCAUAUUCUUUGCUCAGUGAUGAAUUACUGAAGGCUCUCAGAGAUAAAAAUGUUCAGUUGGAAACUUUGCGAAUUGAAGCACAUCCGGAAUCAAAAUCACUUCCUUCUGUGAGCGACGAGGCAUGGUCAAUACUCUCAAAUCAUUCGCCAAACAUCAAUCUCGUUUUAUUGUCGUAUAUGUCGGAUGAGGAAGAUUGUAAAACAAUUUUAAAAAGUUGUAUUCCUGUGACCCAUCUUUAUCUCGGGGAAAGCACGCCAGCCUCGAUAGUAGAUGGAAUAGAUAGUUGCUGUGGUCUUACGGAGUUGGUAAUCGCUGCUUAUGGUCCCCAUACGAUAGACGAACCACUGAUAAGAGCAGCAAAAUCUUGUCCUCGACUUUGUGCAGUUGGACUCGGCGACUGUGAAAUCACGUCCUCUGGAUUUCUGGAAUUUGUCUCGAUAUGUUGCAUACGUCUUCGGGUUCUUCGAGUUUGGGAAACAUCAAUUUUGGAGGAUUCGAAAUUGGAUGUUCUCACAGUAUCAGCAAAAGUAUCUGCACUUUUGGGUCACACUUGGUACCCAGAAUCUGUACCAUUCUAUUAAAACCUAAAUAAGAAUUUUUUUAAUUUAUAUUUUUCAAAUAUUUAACCGAAUUAAGAAUUAAUUUUAAAAAAAUGUGAGAACGAGUAAAAUAUCUAAUUUUCAUGUUACCUUCCAAGGCUGAUUAGAUUUACAUCUUUUAGUUAAAAACUAUUAUAAUCUUAGGUUUUG